GGACUUUUGGUGCGGUAUACAAAGCGCGUAAUUUGCGGUAUGAAGAAAACGAAAAUACUGAUUCAGCAUAUGGUAGUAGGAGUCCUUCGCCUACAGUAGCUAAUAUGGAAGAAAAGCAUGGGAUAAAACGUAAAUUCGUGGAUGAAGAAUAUUUUAAAAGUAUAAAAUACGUCGCUAUAAAAAAGAUAAUUAUUAAUUAUUCUAUCGGAAGAGUUGCUGAAGAAAUUUCAAUUUUACGUGAAUUAAG